AACCUAGGCAAUGGUGCAGCCGAUGGCUUCAAAAAGGGGGUGUCACGCGCUUUCUGACUCGAAAGACCGCCCGUUUGCGCUCUUGGGUGGGCCACGACUUCCCGCGGCCUCGCUGCGGAGUGAUCCCAACUCGGUCGCUGAAUAUGCGCGUCAUUUCCGCUUUUACUUCGCUCCAGUUCUCUUCGUCCUCAUUUUUUCUUCCAGAGUCUGCCGAGCUGCAGCAUCGGUGUGUGCCUAAACUCCCAGCCGGUCGUCCAGCCGGUCAUUGCGUGCGACCGUUUUCAGUCUUGAUCCAGGGAUUUGGGGUAACCGCCCCCUCUGCCCACAUUUGCUCCGCCCUGCCGCACCACAUUAGCGCCGUUCAGUUCCAGAUUCACUGGGAACGGAGCACGAGGUCGCAGCACGUUUGGCUUGCCGUGAAUGGCAACAGAACAGGAUCGAACUUACAUAAUGGAAGAGCGAACCAGUUCCUUUGUCGAGUUAAAGAACGAUACGCCCAAGAGCAAACGAAGUGCGCGUCCGUCCGGCAGCCGCAUGUCCCGCAGUCGACAGAGCGCCAGCAUGAGCCAGAGCCAAAGCCACGCCCGCAGCCGCGUGCAUUCGCACAGCGCCAAACCGUACACGGAUGCCGAUGCGAAUGAAACGAUUCUACGUGCCAACGCGCCGCCCAACUACCACGGAGGUUUUAAUGAUAUCAUGAAGCAGAUCAAGGCCAAGAAUUACUACACGCAACAGUUCCAACGCAUCCAGCAGCAAACAAACAUGGGACGUUCGCUCUACUUCUCCAACGUUGCACCAACGUUCUACGAAGACAACUACUUGUCCAUUGCGCAGGAAACGUCGGUAAACCGAGUGCGUGCGUGUUUCUUCAUCGGGUUCGUAGGUCUCACAGCGCUCUACAUGAACGAGUGGCAAUCUGACAAAUGGUCCAAGUCCGAGAGCAAAGGACGCACGGAUCAGGACGAAACGACCAUCAUCGUACUGACUUUUGGCGUCAUGUUGCCGAGUUUGCUGAUUGGAAUGCUUGCCACAUUCACGAGCAUCGGACGGAAAUAUCUGGAAAACAUCACGGCCACAGUGUUCGUGAUUGUUGCCGCCAUGAUGAUCGCAAAGAAACCCGUGGAGAAAUUCAAAGGCCCCAUCAUUCCGUUGCUGAUUCUGCUGAUCCCCAUCUUCGGUAUCACCAGAAUGCGCUACAUCAAGUCGUGUUGCAUCGGUUGGAGCAUUUUCUUCAGCUACCUCAUCGUCAUGAUGAGUGUGCGCAAGACGCUGCCAGAACCCGAUCAAUUCGACUCGUACACGGACAUUUCGUACCAGGCAAUUAACUACGGCAUCACUGCUAUUGGUGGUAUGGUGUCGCAAUACCGUCAGGAGCUUCUACGUCGUCGAAACUUCUGUUUGCAACUGCCAUUCUCCGGUACAAUGGACGCCGACGCUGUGGAGGAGAUCAAGACUGAUAAGUUCAGUAAGAAGACGCUCAUGCACCGCUGGUCGCUCAAGUUCCGUCACCCUGAAGUCGAGGAAUGCUUCUACCGCUACUGGUAUCUUAUCGACCCGUUCCCGUACGAGAAUCCGAACUCCGGAUCGCUGCACCAGGGUGUGUUCCGAACGAUCCGCUUCGCUAUCUGGACGCUUUUGUUGAAUCAGUUGGUGCUGCUACUGCAAGAUAUCAAGUUCCUCGAGGUCAAGAAGGACGCUCUCGUUGACGACAGCGAUCUAACGUACGCUCUGGUACUUCGUUUCGGCGUCACAGUGCCGCUGUAUUUCUCGGCUGCAUUGUUCAUGUAUUUCCUGGGUAAAGCCUUCUACGCUCGAUGGGUGAAAGAGGCCGAGGAUGCCAAGAACGCUGCUCUUACAAGAGACUCGAUGGUCUCAGUCGGUGUUAAAAACGACGUCGAUAACAAGAGCCAAGUGGUGACCGAUCCCGACGGAUCGGAAGAUACGGCCCGUAUGAAGUUGGUCGUGGAGGCAGCGCAGAUCAAAUAUGCGACCAAAGACCGCGUGCUGGACGUUCUCAUCAACAAGGGCGGCUACGUGCGUUCAACGCAGGUUUUCUCUUCGGUGGUGAUUGCCUGCCAUGUGUGUUGCAUGGGCAUUCUACUGUUGGCAGUCUCCACCGGCGCAAAGGUCGAUGCGUAUGAGAAAACGCACAACACUUCUCCUGGCCAACCGAAGCCUGUGUACUAUAUGGGAUUCUUGAACGCCGUCUUGUUCGCGCAUCGCUCAGGCUUCCGCGUUCGCUUCAUCUACGCGACCUACACGACUUUCGUUGUGGCGUUAGGCAUCAUCAUCGCUGCCAGCAGCAUGUCGCCCGCCUACUACCAACAGUACGCGGGUUACGUCUCAGUUAUCUUCCUCAUGGGAAUGAUGAUCUCGUAUGAGGAGGAGAGUCUCCGACGUACAUUCUUCGUGCUCAAGUCGAUCCGAACGCUGGAAUUCGAGGAAUGGUUUGGCGUCGUGUUACGUAUUCAAGGUUGGGUCAAGGAACGUUUCCGCAAAAAGUUGCAGGAUGUGCGAUCUAAUCGCAGCAAGGAGUUCGACAGCACCAGGAAGGCAGAGCCUGUUGCACCACUCAUCAACACGUCGGCGCAAAUGGCCUAUGCCUCCAAACUCGGCAUGUACUCGCAGAUGUUCAACAUCAUCAUCGCCGUGGCAGACGUGAUCACCAGCAGUCUGUAAAACGAAAGAGUGGUGCAUGUAGUGAGUGUAUUUCUUGAUAAAAAAAAACAAACGCAAAAUAAAGACAAGCAAAUGCGUCAAAUAAAAACGAGAGUGUUGGUUGGCAAUGGUAUUUGCUGAUGGGCGUCUAUAUAUUUUUUUUUCAAUAACUUCCUCAUACAAGGGAGAUAUUCAGUCUAGUUCAUCG